AUGUUGAGAAACUCGGGCAGACCGUAUGUGUGCUGGAGAUGUCUUACAUCCAGGACGUCACGGUCACCAGUCACCAGCGGCUUGACCUUUGCCCCAUCCGUCCAGCUGCUAGGGAUAGGCUCACCCGCGGAGUCUAGAAGACCAUACACUGGUGGAAGAUCCAGCUACGGUGGGAACCAUGGCGGGAACUAUGGCCACCAAGGCGGAAGCGGUCGUGGGGGCAAUUAUGGCAGAGGCAGAGGUGGGCCUCGCAAGCCCAUCAACAUAGCCACGGAACAGGAAAUGAAACUUAUCCGUGAAAAGUCGGAUAUCAGAUCGCGGCUCCGGGGCUGGGAGGCUACACACUACGAACCCUCCCGGCGUCUGCUGCAGGACCUGCCCAUGCAGGACACGCCGCUGUUGAACUACCUCACCAGACCGGACCUGCUCCCUGCCUCUAUGGAAUCCAUGGGAGCUCAAGACAGCGAGCUGCACGAAAACGCCAAGAAGAACCGCGGUUUGUUCGAGGACGACGAGCUUCAGGACCUGCGCGGAAGCACCUCGGCGCUCAAACCCGGCGACCUGGUCGAGACGAGGUACAGUAGCGGACGCCUGCCCAUCCUGGCAAUCUGCGUUGGCCGUCACCACAAUGUGCAGUACUUCUACAUGAGCACCGGUGAACUCGUCCCAGAGCGCAACAUUGCUACACUUUUCCUCCUCAAAAAUUUUAUCGAACCCUCUAGGCUCAAGCCACUGGUCGACAUAUUACCCGAAGAACCCGAUACGGAGCGGCGGAACGCGCUCUUCCACAAUCACACGCCGGCCGCGCUCAAGACAGCCGCUCGCUUGCAGGGAGAGUUGAUCAAGUUCUAUCAGGAGUCGGUCUCGUUCUACCAGACCCAGCUCACCCUGGACACCGCGAGCAGUUUCUUGGCCAAGGACGAGCCCCAGUAUCUCAGUCUCGAAGAGCUGGCGGACAAGCUGCUGCCCGACUAUGUGAGAGUCGACGACAAGUUCCUCCCUCACCAGCUGUAUGCCGUGCACACCGCCCUGAACCGCGACGGAUGGGGGUUCCGGCCGCUCAACAUGAAGUGGCACAGGCGCAACUACAUCUACGAGGUCAGGUCCGCCUCCGACCUCAAACUCCUGCGCAAGGUCGAGAACCAGGUCCGCGAAUUGGUGGAGGGCGCAGCGCUGCGUGAAAACCCCGCGCAGUCUCUCUCCCUGCUCCGCCAAAACAGCCUCGGUUCCUUCAUCCUCAAGGCGCGCGGGGUCAUCCAGGCGAGCCGACUGAGGCGAGAGUGGACGCCCCACGGCAUGAUUGGGCCCAGCAACGACAAGGUGGAAAACUUGGCGACGUGGAGCAAGCAGGACAUUGACUACAUCCGGUUCAUUGAGCUCUGGGCGUGUCACCGCAUCAUACCGAAGCCCUCUCAGCUCGAGAGCCUGGGCUCCACCAUUCUCAAGCUGACAGACUGCUACAACGAGUCCGACUGGGUCGCGCACUGGACGGGCUUCAGCUUCCUCCAGGAGAUUGGCUGGAUCCCACCCUGGGACAUUCCAGCUCGCUACGAGUACAAGCUCGCGGGCGCCACGGUCCAGCGGGGCGCCAACAUGGAGACGCCCCUCGUGGACGUCAACGCAUCGCUCCGACCUGAUAUCGCCCAGGGCCACCGGCGCGACUGGGGCCAGACGACAAUCUUUUGCGUCGACUCGGAGCAGACGGCUGACGUGGACGACGGCUUCUCCGUCGAGGCGGCGGAGAAGCCGGGAGAGCACUGGAUCCACGUGCACAUUGCCGACCCGGCCUCCCGCAUCGACCCCAAGUCCGCGCUCGCCCGUCAACUCGAAAAGGCGCCGUCGAGUUUGUACAUGUCCGGAUACCACAAAAAGAUGCUGCCGCGGGACCUCGAGCAGCAGUUCUCGCUGAACCCCGGCCAGCCGACGCUGACGUUCAGCGCCAAGGUCAACGAGCAGGGCGACAUCCUGGACCACAAGGUCGAGCCGGGCACCGUGCAAAACGUCGUGCAUGUCCCCAAGAAUGAGGUCUCGGCCGUCCUGCCCGGCCUGGAGCCGGCGCCCUCCUCCGAGACCUUUGCCGUCGGCCAGCCGCCCCAACCGCCGCGGCCCGUGAAGCACAUCACCGCCGCCGCGGACCUGUCCCAGGAGGACAGGGACGACCUCCUCCGCCUCAACCGCCUCUGCAAAGCGAUCAAGCGCCGCCGCGUCGAAAAGGGACAGCUGCCCCCCUUUGAGAACCGCUUCGGCUCCCCCGAGGUGUCCCUCGACCACAUCGUCGUCCAAGGGAACGCCGAGGACCCGGGCACGUCCAUGGCCUGGCAGGGCGACCCCUUUAUCCGAUUUAACACGCCCACCCGCAGCAAGGCCGACCGCCUCGUCGAGACGCUCAUGCACACCGCCGGCGAAGUCGCCGCAAAGUGGUGCCAGGCCCGCGCCGUCCCCGUCCCCUACAGCACCCAGCCCGACGCCGUCGUCAACGCCCGGGGCCUCGCCGCCUACCGCCGCGAGCACAUUGACCCCCUCGUGGCGCAGGGCAAGCCCAUCCCCGCGGAGCACAUCCACCGGCUCCUCAUCUACGUCGGCAACUCGGAGCUCUCGGCCAGCCCGGCGCCCUUUUACGCCGUCGGCGUCGACGCCUACGCCAAAGCCACCAGCCCCCUCCGCCGCUUCGGCGACCUCGUCGUCCACUGGCAGAUCCACGCUGCCCUCGCCCGCGAGCGCGAGACGGGCCGCUCCCUCGUCGGCGAGACCUCCUCCUCCUCCUCUGACGAUGCCGCCUUCCUCCCCUGGACGCACCGCUCCCUCUCCCACGCGCUACCAAUGCUCCAGGCCCUCCAGCGCCAGAUCAAGCAGGUCGACGACAAGCACGGUCCCACGCAGUGGGUCGCCCAGGCGCUGCUGCGCGCGUGGCGCUUCGGCGAGGCGCCGCUGCCCAAGACGUUCCGGUUCAUCGUCGACGGCGUCUACUCCUUUGGCUUGCGGGGCCGGCUGACGAACUUUUACAACCUGGGCGCGUCCGUGAACCUGGUGAGGCUUGGUUCCUUUGCGAGGCUCGCGGACGUGCAGGUCGACGACGUGAUGGAGGUCGAGAUUGCCGAUAUCAACGUCGUGACUAUGCAGAUCUGGUGCCAGCCCCUGGGACGACGGCGGCCGGAGGGCAAGGAUGAUGCGCCUGUGGGAGAUGUGGCGGAUGCGGUGGCGCAAGGCGGGGAGAUUCCUACGCCUGCUUGA